AUGCUCCGCCGCCCGCCGACAACGUUGCAAAUCACAGCCGAGGACAUCGCCGCGUACGAGGACCGGCGCGCGAGCGAGGCGCUCCUGGCGGCGCAGCAAGCUCACGCGGCCGAAGUCCAGGCGCGGGCCACGUCCAAGGCUGGAGGAACUGGAGGAGGAGCCAACAUUGGAGGAGGAGGAGGAGCGGAGGCGGCGACGCAGCAGACGACGGCGGCGAUGGGGGAUCUCGGGCUCGGGCAGGCGAUGGAGGGCGUGCAGGAGGAUGCGGAGGGGAGGGCGAGGAGGAACAGGGAGGAGAGGAAUGAGAGGAUUGGGGUGGGGAGGAGGGCGAGGUGA